UGAUGCCUGCCAUUAUCAUUGCUCAAAAAUUUGGAUCCUUUGGUAGCGAUAUGCUAAAUUGGAGGAUGCAAAAACGUAAAUUGUUGAUUAAACCUUCUUUUUACACGAAUUCUCUCUAACACUCGUCCAAUUCUGGUCAUAGCAGAAGAGAGGAGACCAGGACAAGCAAAGAGAAACACAGAAGAAGAGAGAAAGAGAACAAAGUACCAAGUAGCAGUGGAAGAGGAGGCACCAAAAUCAAUUUUAGAUCUCGAAUUCAGCAUCAACCCGGAUCCAAUCUGAUUGUUUCUUGAUUUCAAGUUUGGAUUUUUUCCCUUCCCACAAUCAAAUUUUUGGUCAAAGUAUAUGGCUUCUCCUGGGAAUCCAAAUCAACAGCAGCAACAACAACAUUCACAAACAACCCAUUUUGAUUUGCAGAAGCUUUUUAAGGCAACAACAGCAGCAGCAACAACAACAUCAUCAUCAUCACCAUCACCCACUAUACCUAAUCCCUUACCUUCUUCAAAUUUGAACUCUUCUCCAUCAUUCCCUGCUCCUUCUCCUUCAACACCCCCUCCUUCUUCCUACCCUACCCCUUCUUCUUCAUACCCUCCACCCACUGGCACAUACCCUUAUCAUCAUCCUCACUUUCUUCCUUAUCCAACCCUUCACCACCAUCAACAACAACAAGAACACCCUCUUAUCCUCCACCACCUUCCUCAAAUGCAUGCUCCACAAAGAUCCCCCAUUUUUCAAGCCCCUUCUCCUUCUCCAUCCUCACCUCACCUUCCUUCAUCACCAAAUCCAACCAAUACCACAUCUGGUGCACGCCUAAUGGCCUUGUUGGGCACCCAAAACCCUCCUUCCAAUCAAGAUUCAUCGGUUGUGUAUUCAUCUUCUUCAACAUCAUCGCCAUCACCUGUGGUUUCUGAUUUUUCAAUGCCAAGUAACCCUGCAGUGUUGCCCCCCACACUAUCCUCAGCUUCUCCUGUGAAUCUGGCAAGUCCUCAGUCCACACCAACAAGGAUGCUGAGCAGCAAGCUCCCAAAGGGACGCCAUUUGAUGGGAGAGCAUGUUGUUUAUGACAUUGAUGUUAGGAUGCCAGGGGAGAUGCAGCCUCAGCUUGAAGUCACUCCAAUCACCAAGUAUGCCUCUGAUCCUGGCCUUGUCCUUGGCCGCCAAAUUGCAGUCAAUAGAUCUUACAUAUGCUAUGGACUUAAACUCGGCGCCAUCAGGGUCCUUAAUAUCAAUACUGCAUUAAGAUAUUUGCUUCGAGGUCAUACACAGAGAGUAACAGACAUGGCUUUCUUUGCUGAGGAUCUUCACCUGUUGGCCAGUGCUAGCACUGAUGGAAGAAUUUUUAUAUGGAAAAUAAAUGAGGGCCCUGAUGAGGAAGAUAAACCUCAAAUCACUGGAAAAGUUAUCCUAGCCAUUCAAAUAUUAGGAGAGAGUGAGUCAGUUCAUCCACGAGUAUGCUGGCAUCCCCACAAACCAGAAAUUUUAAUGGUUGCUAUUGGAAAUCGUAUCCUCAAAAUUGACACUAUGAAAGCUGGAAAAGGUGAAACUUUUUCUGCAGAGGAGCCUCUCAAAUGUUCUGUUGAUAAGUUGAUUGAUGGGGUGCAUCUUAUUGGCAAGCAUGACAACAAUGUGACUGAAUUGUCAAUGUGCCAAUGGAUGAAGAGUCGAUUAGCUUCAGCAUCAGCUGAUGGCACGGUAAAGAUAUGGGAAGAACGUAAGUCAACACCACUUGCUGUUUUAAGACCACAUGAUGGUAAACCUGUUAAUUCUGUGACAUUCUUGACUGCUCCUCACCGCCCUGAUCACAUUGUCCUUAUCACAACGGGGCCACUAAAUCAGGAAGUGAAGAUAUGGGUCUCCGAUAAUGAGGAAGGCUGGCUAUUGCCUAGUGAUUCUGAGUCAUGGAAUUGUAUUCAGACUUUGGAUAUAAGAAGUUCUUCUGAAGCCAACCCUGAGGAUGCAUUCUUUAAUCAAGUUGUAGCAUUGCCCCGUGCUGGUUUGUUUCUGCUAGCAAAUGCCAAGAAAAAUACAAUAUAUGCUGUGCACAUAGAGUAUGGACCCAAUCCAACUGCUACCCGCAUGGAUUACAUUGCUGAGUUCAUAGUCACAAUGCCUAUAUUAAGUCUUACCGGAACUAGUGAUAGUUUACCUGAUGGAGAGCAUAUUGUACAGAUAUAUUGUGUCCAAACACAAGCUAUUCAACAGUAUGGACUCAAUUUGUCACAAUGUUUACCUCCACCCCUGGACAAUGUUGAACUUGAGAAAACAGAUUCCAAUCUAUCUCGUGCCUUUGAUGCUUUGGAUGGAUCUACUAAUUUGGAAACUGGAAAUAUGGCACAACUACAACCUAGCAGUUCUGAAAGUACUCCAAUUGUGAGCCCUGCUGUAAACUUGCCUUCAGAUAUUUCUGGUCUGCCUGAGGCUUCUGUAUCUUCCAUUUCAGAUACAGAGACCAAGCCAAAUGAAUUACCUUCUCGUAAUGGUUUUGAACAUAUCCACACUGCUCCACCUCCACUUCCUUUGAGUCCAAGAUUGUCCCAGAAGUUAUCUGGUUUCAAAAAUUCAUCAAAUAAUUUAGAGACUAGUUCAAUGACCGCUGAUCACAGCAGUGAGCAGGCGAAUCUUGAUUCUUCAGAACAAAGGAGAAUGGAGUCUGAAAAAGAUAAUAUAGCAGAUGUGCCUGCAUCAGGUGACAAUUUGCGAAAGGAUGAUAAAAUUGUACAAAAUGAUGUUUCUGUGGUUUCUAAUGCCCCUACUACAUUUAAACACCCAACCCAUUUGGUAACUCCAUCCGAGAUAUUCUCCAAAACUGCUCUAUCUUCUGACAAUUCCCAUACUUCUCAAGGUAUGAAUGUUCAAGAUGUGGCUGCCCAUAGCAAUGCAGAAAACUUUGAAGUAGAGGUUAAAGUUGUAGGUGAGACAGGUUCUAAUCAAGAAAAAACUGACUAUGAAAGAGAGAGAGACUCACACACCAAUGUUGCCGAGAGGAAAGAGAAGUUAUUCUAUUCUCAGGCCUCUGAUCUGGACAUUCAGAUGGCUAGAGAAACCUACAAUAUUGAGGGAGUUCGUCAGGCUGAUAAUACUAAGACUAUUGAUGCACCUGAUCAAAGUUGUAGCUCUGUUGAGGAAGAAGCUCAAGACACGAGUAAGGAUGUACCUACAAGCAUCAGUGAAUCAGAAACUGUGGCUGUUGCUGUGCAGUCUCCAGCACCUGCUGUGAAAGGUAAAAGACAAAAAGGAAAAAAUUCUCAAGUGUCUGGUGCAUCUUCCUCUUCUCCCAGUCCUUUUAACUCAACAGAUUCAUCAAAUGAUCAAGGUGGCAAUUCAGGAGGCACAUCCAUGGAGGCUGCUUUACCACAGUUAUCUGCUAUGCAGGAAAUGAUGGGCCAGUUAUUAAGCAUGCAGAAGGAAAUGCAAAAGCAGAUGAAUGGGAUGGUUUCUGUUCCAGUUACCAAGGAAGGCAAAAGAUUAGAAGGAUCCUUGGGUAGAAACAUGGAGAAAGUUGUCAAGGCUCACAGUGAUGCUUUGUGGGCUCGCUUACAAGAAGAAAAUGCAAAGCAAGAGAAGUUAGAGCGAGAUCGUAUGCAGCAAAUAACUAAUUUGAUCUCCAAUUAUGUAAACAAGGACAUGGCAUCUCUAUUGGAGAAAAUCAUUAAGAAGGAAAUAUCUUCAAUUGGAACAACCAUUACUCGUUCAAUUAGCCAAAUUAUAGAGAAAACAAUAUCAUCAAGUGUUACAGAGUCAUUCCAGGGGGUGGGAGACAAGGCAUUGAAUCAACUAGAAAAAUCAGUUAGUUCUAAACUUGAAGCUACAGUGUCUAGGCAGAUACAAGCACAAUUUCAAACCUCCGGCAAGCAAGCUCUUCAGGAAGCACUUAGGACUAGUUUGGAAGCCUCAAUCAUUCCUGCAUUUGAGAUGUCCUGCAAAGCAAUGUUUGAGCAAAUUGAUGUAGCAUUUCAGAAUGGACUUGUGAAGCACGCAACUGCUAUUCAACAGCAGUAUGAUUCUACUCAUUCUCCACUGGCCAUGACUUUGAGGGAUACAAUUAAUUCAGCAUCAUCAAUCACUCAAACUUUGAGUGGACAAUUGGCCGAUGGCCAACGUAAACUGUUAGCAAUCGCAGCUAACUCCAAUGUAGCUUCAGAUCCAUUUGUGGCACAAAUCAACAAUGGCUUGCAUGAGAUGACUGAGGAUCCUACCAAAGAAUUAUCAAGGUUGAUAAGUGAGGGAAAAUUUGAAGAAGCAUUUACUGGAGCCCUUCAUAGAAGUGAUGUUUCGCUAGUUUCUUGGUUAUGUUCUCAGGUUGAUUUAGCUGGUAUUUUGUCAAUGGUGCCGCUGCCAUUAACCCAAGGAGUACUUCUUUCUCUUCUACAGCAGUUGUCCUGUGGCAUCAAUACAGAUACACCCAGAAAAUUAGCAUGGAUGACAGAUGUGGCUGCUGCUAUAAACCCAGCAGAUCCGAGGAUUGCAGCACAUGUGCGACGAAUAUUGGAUCAAGUGUACCGAACACUGGGCCAUCAUCGGACUUUACCAACUACCUCCCCUUCGGAAGCAAGCACAAUCCGCCUUCUCAUGCAUGUCAUAAACUCAGUGUUGUUGAGCUGUAAAUGACUUCGUUGUAAUUUAUCAUCUGUGUAGAAAUUUUUAAGUAUCAACUUUGGUUUGUAUAGAUAUUUAGUUAGUUUGGAGGGGAUGAAGUGAACUAAAUGUAUGUAGUUGUUUUUGGUACCACUGAUUUGUGUGAAAUAGUUUCACUUCUUUUUUUAUGCUUUUCUAGUUUACAUUUUACCAUGGCCCCCUCCUCAGGUGUCUUUACUCUUAAUAGAGAUAUUAUUAUCUUCACCUUGAUGGAGAAGUAAAAGUGUGACAUCCUCGUACUAAGUCAAAAUUGUAAUGAAGUAAUUUCCAAGUUGCCGUUGGAGUGCAAAGAAACUCCAGGGUAGGCAGCCAUUGAAGCAAGGAGUGGCUGCAACAAAUACUGAAUAGCCAUUGCAUCCUGUUAUGCUGGGUAGGCCUUGUAAAAGAUUUUACGCUUCUUUUACUGGGAUAUUUUAUAGGUGGUAUUGUUUUGCUGGGAUAUUUUAUGUGGGUUGAUUCUCAGGUGGCAGUUUUCAACAGAGAUAGCCGUGAAUGUCUGCAAAUAAGCAUUUAUUGAUAAUGGUUUGGAGUCCUACGAGUUAUGUAAACUUUAUAGUAAUAUAGCUAUAGUAGCAAUUUUGUUGGACUAGAGGCCUCCCUCCUUAAUUUCAUGUAAGUCUGCUAUUGUAGGGAGAUUCCAUACCUUUUUCCCCCUCCUCCGAUCGGAAAAGUGUUCAAAAUAACCGAAGAAAAAUGCAUGUCUAUCUUUAAGGGCAUGUUUUUCUUUAUGGUCAUUUGUCAGUGCUUUUAGAGCCACAAGCUUUUGAAAAAUUACUUUUAAGGAAAAAAUAGUUUUGGUCAUUUGUAAUAGGGAAAAUCUUGUGUACAGCAAAACAUUAACAGCAAAAGUUGUUUCGUUUGAUUUUGAAAUGUGAAUGGAUACAAAAAAGAUAUAAAAAG